AUGGCCAAGCUCCUCACUGUCUUCGGUGCAACGGGUCAGCAGGGCGGCUCAGUCGUCGACUAUGUCAUCAACGACUCGGAACUUUCCAAGCAGUACAAAGUCCGUGGCAUUACUCGAGACCUCACCAAGCCCGCCGCCCAAGCUCUGCAACAAAAGGGUGUCGAAGUCGUCAAGGCUGAUGCUGACGACAAAGAUUCCCUCAAGCAAGCCAUGGAAGGCGCCCACACAGUCUUUGGCGUCACGGCCACCAUCUACGACGAGAAGUUGAAGGAGAGAGAACUCGCUCAGGGGAAGGCCAUGGCAGACGCUGCCGUUGCUGCCGGCGUGCAGUACUUCAUCUUCAGCACCCUGUCGAACGCGGGCAAGAUGUCGGGCGGCAAGCUCCAGAAAGUGGACCAUUUUGACGUGAAGGCGGAGAUCGAAGACUACAUUCGCGCGCGGCCGAUGAAGAGCGCAUUUUUCGCACCGGGAAGCUUCAUGCAGAACUUUGGUCAUCUUAUGGCACCGCGUCCAGCCGGCGACGGCACUUACGCCAUUGCGCACUUCGUGAAACCCGAGACGCAGCUUCCGCUCAUCGACACUGUCGACGACACUGGCAAAUACGUUGGCGCGAUCCUCGCCGAGCCCGACAAGUACGAGGGCAAGGUCUUGUCUGCGGCCACCAGACUUUACUCAUACAGCGAGAUUGUAGAAACGAUGAGUAAAGCUUCUGGCAAGACGGUUCAGUACAAACAGCUACCUCAGAGCGUCUGGAGCGGCUUCUUGCCCCCUGAUACGAAGGAUUACUUGGUUGAUAUGUUUUUGUGGAUUCAAGACUAUGGGUACUAUGGUCCCAAGACUGAGGAGCUCGUUGACGAGACAGCCAAGCAAGCGCGUGGCAAGCUGACUACAUUGGAGGAAUACCUCGUCAGGUGUCCUCUCCAUCUGCAGUGA